UAUGUCAUCCAAUAUUGAUGUUAUGUUCCAUUAUUUCAUUAAAAUUCGCAAAAAGUAUCCAAAUAUUGACAGUGAUUUGGAAACCAUUUUACGACCCCUACGUCAUCCUCGUGAUGCCAUGUGUAUGGCGGAUAUAAAAGAAAGCUAUAGACAACUGACUGGUGAAAAAUUUCCAAUGCGUUGUGGAUCUCUCGGCGUGGGAGAAUUCUUGCUGACAAUACCCUAUGUGGCGUGUUACUGCAAUGAAAAUGGAACGCUAAUGUUUUACUCUGUAGAUGGAUUCUAAUUAGA